GCACAAGAUGAUGUCAGGCCUCCUCUGCCUCCUAACCCUUCCGUUCGUCCUUGGCCAGACCACAGGGGAUUUGGAGCCCCUGAUCCCAAGCACCCCCUCCAGUUCUUUCUCUGACUCUGUGUUGAGAUCCGGCUUCAAGAACAGCUUUGGUCCCAGCCUUGGCUCCGUGUCUCAGUCGCUUUCCAAUUUCACCGGCUUCGAGGAUGAUGAUGGCACCUGCCAGUGCUCCGUGACCCUCCCAGACACAGCCUUUCCCGUGCAGAGAGUGGAACGCUUGGAAGUCAUGGCUCACGUGCUCUCCCAGAAGUUUGAGAAAGAGCUUUCUAAAGUGAGGGAGUAUGUCCAGUUAAUCAACGUGUAUGAAAAGAAGCUCUCCAACCUAACCAUCCGAGUAGAGAUCAUGGAAAAGGAUACCAUUUCUUACACCGAACUGGACUUCGAGCUGAUCAAGAUAGAAGUGAAGGAGAUGGAGAAACUGAUCACACAGCUGAAGGGCAGCGUUGCUGGAAGCACAGCUGUUGUCAACCAGCUGGAAGUGGAGAUAAGGAAUAUGACUCUCCUGGUAGAGAAGCUGGAGAUGCUAGACAAAAACAAUGUCCUUGCCAUUCGCCGGGAAAUCCUGGCUCUCAAGACCAGGCUGAAGGAAUGCGAAGCCUCUAAAGGUGAAAAUGUUCCUGGCGCCCCACCUCCUCCUGCCCCUGGGAGCUGUGGGCACGGCGGUGUGGUGAAUAUCAGCAGGCCGACUGUCGUUCAGCUCAACUGGAGAGGGUUUGCCUAUAAGUAUGGUGCCUGGGGUCGGGAUUACUCUCCCCAGCAUCCAGAAGGGGGGCUGUACUGGGUGGCCCCUUUGAAUACAGAUGGGAGACUUCUGGAGUAUUACAGACUCCACAAUACACUGGAUGAUUUGCUCUUGUACAUAAAUGCCCGAGAUCAGCGGCUCGUCUAUGGCCAAGGCGCUGGUCUCGUGGUUUAUAACAACUUCAUGUACGUCAACUGGUACAACACCAGAAACAUUGCCAAAAUUAACCUGAAUAACAACAGGGCUGAAGUGACUCAGGCUCUCCCUGAUGCUGCCUAUAAUAACCGCUUUUCGUAUGCUACUGUUGGUUGGCAAGAUAUUGACUUGGCUGUGGAUGAGAAUGGAUUGUGGGUGAUUUAUUCAACUGAAGCCAGCACCGGUAACAUGGUGAUUAGUCAGCUCAACGACACCACGCUUGUGGUGCUGAACACUUGGUACACCAGGCAGUAUAAGCCAUCUGUUUCCAAUGCCUUCAUGGUAUGUGGGGUUCUGUACGCCACCCGCACUCUGAACACCAAAGAAGAAGAGAUUUUCUACUAUUAUGACACAAACACAGGCAAAGAGGGCAGGCUAGACAUUACCUUGCAUAAGGUGCAGGAAAGAAUACAGAGCAUUAACUAUCACCCUUUUGAGCAGAAACUUUUUGUCUAUAAUGAUGGUUACCUUCUGAAUUAUGAUCUGAUCUUUAACCAGGAACCCAAGUAAAUGGGUGAGGUUGAGAGAGGCAGAGAAUGUUCUUUAAAAAA